UUAUGCCCAAAAGCAAAACAUAGUUAAUCAACCACAAGUGACUACCAUCCCCUUUGAUUCAGAAUCCUUUUUUGUCCUUGAAUGAAUGUCAAAAGCGGGACUACGGGGACAACGAAUUCCUCUCGUACUGGAAGAAAAGCUCAGUAGGACCAUUGCCCUGGUCCCAGGAGAAGGCACAAACGCACGAGCAAGCGGAGGAUGCCAACCUCAUAGUGCAGCGGCAUUUCGCCAUGAGAUGGCCAUGGGGAGCGCGACUGUCGUCAAUGGGGCAAGACCCGAGCAUGGGAUAGGUGAACAUAUGCUCAGUGCCAUUGACCUGGAUGGAAUUCCCCUUUCCCCCACUACAAAGGCAUGGUUGAAGAGAGUUCUUUAUAGCAAUGCCAGUGGAGGGGAGUUCGGAGGAGGAGGAAGAGUGGGAGUAGGGAAAAGAGGAGGUGCUGGAGGCGGCGGCGGCGGAGGAGGUGGAGAAGGAGGAGGAGAAAGAGGAAGAGGAGGUGGAGGAGCGGCAUCAUUAGCAUGGGAAAAAGCCGCAGAAGCUGGGGGAGAAGAAGCAGCAGCAGCAGUGGCAGGGGUUGAAGCAGCAGCAAUAGCAGCAGCCAGAGAAGGAGAUGGAGGAGAAGAAGCAGGAGGAGCAGCAGCUAAUGAGCAGCGACUCCUGCCUAUCGUCUUGCGAUCUGCGCCAGCCACACAGACUGGAGAAGGUUGGGCAGGGGGGAGGGGGAGUGGGGAUGUUCGUCACGAGCAGUGUAUUUUCCCCACUGGGAUAAGCUCUUGCCAGCAGCCCAAUGUUCAGGACAAGAACUUGCAGACCAUUGGUGGCGAAAGUCUGACGGGAGGAGUCGAUCCCAACAGAUCUCAGUCAGUAAAUGAGGGACCAGGAACAGAUCCAACGGCUGUCGCGUCUGCUCAAACACACCAUUCAUCCCAGUUUACCCUUGCAGCUGCCAAGCUUGAUGUAUCAGGGGUCAAUUCCAAACAGGUGGCUGUGACUUCAACCACUGGAGAGCUUGCAGCUGCAGCAACUGAUGAAAGGGCGCAUGAGUCGGCUGUCAGCUUGCCACGGGCAAGCAGCAGUUUGGUGCCACACCAUAUUGCCAAGCUAAACUCAGGAAACAUCUAUCCGCUCUACAGCUGCGACAGCCCAGAGUUUGUGGUGUCAGGGCAGGGACAUGGCCGGGCAAAUGAUCCUUCGUCUGUGCGUCAGCCAACUCAAAGAGUCCUGGCAACUUUGCAUUGUCAGAAGUCCCCAGAAAAUUGUUCGAUUGGUAUGUCAGCUAGCCAUUCAUGCCCCGAGCUCCCGCUCCACUGGCAGAACAUGCGCCUUCUGCCGCUGUCUGAUUUGGGACACCCUGCGGGGGACGGCAGCCUGUUAGAAGAAGUUGCCUCCUACGGGGACGGGAAAUCGUCACCAUACCCUGGGCGGGCGCAAACAGGGAGAUGCGUGUCAGCACUAGAUCACAGUGGACGUCGAAUAGAUCCCAUUUGUCAAAUCGAUGGCAGAGAAUCGAGGUUAUCAGCAUCGAACGCGUCAUGCGGAAGGGUGCAUGAUCAGAAUACGAGUCCGCCGACUAGCCCAAAAGGAGUAGUCGACUCAGGUGUACAUAUAGUAACCCUAGUCGGAACCUGUCAACCAGCAAGCCCAAGCCCGACCGCAUACGCUGUCAUUGAGGCAAGCAACAAGAAGGGAGCAGCUGCAGCGCUUCCUGAAGUGUCAGGGAACAGCCAUGUGGCUACGUUUCCUGGUGGCGGAAACGGAGCUGGUUGCGCCACAUGUAGGCGCCAGCCUUUGAUCCCUCUGGGUAGAAAGAUCGAGGAGGUUGUUGCGGAGCGCGCUGGUGCAAUCACAAUGUUGGGCCAGGAGCAAGGGAUUGGCGGGGGGCUGGGCAGACAAGGGGCAUGGUUGGCGAACUUGAAUGCAGCCCCUGGUCAAGAUCAGGGAGCCGGGACCAUACGUGGGAGGCUUCAUUCUCUUAAUCUUGCUUCAAUUUUGGAUUCUGAGCCGGUUCAUUUUGGCGAUACCAGGGAGGAGAAACUGAGAUCUGAGUUGUCUGCCUUUAAUGGGUUUCAGGCUGAAGGCGGCGGUGCCGAACAGGUGCGAAGGCCGAUGGCUGUCAAAACGCCGCGUAUACCUGAGGACGUUCUCCGGGGUGACAUAGAGCGCGUCGUGGAAGCAGAGGCCGCUCUCUCAUGGGGCCACAUCCAUAAGGCUGUGUCAGAACAAAGGGUGCUCUUACAGAUACCCCCCAAACUGCUGAAUAAAUGCACUCAAGCAGUGGAGAAAGCAAGGGAGCAGGAGUUUAAGCAACAAAAGUCCACGAAGAGACUCAGUGGUGAAGGCCCAGGCCUGCUGCUGCGGAAGCGAUGGUUGGCGAAAGAUGCGGGCUGGGCAUUCUUGUUCAAUGAGGACCCGGUACGAGCCGGGAUAGGAAAGGGAGGAAGAAAGAAGGGCAUGAGUUUGGGGUUGCUUCUUGCUCCUCUCAAUGCAAAGCAAUGGCUUGUGGAAUGCCUAGCAAGCAAGGGGGAUGCCGAGGUGGCAGCUCUCCUCGAGGAGAUGGGCUCAGCCCCUCAGUUAGCUCCGGAGGUGUUGCGAAUGGCCAAGUCGGAGUGGAUGAAGAUGCAGACAGAUAAGCCUAAUCCAGCGCAGCAGGUCAACGUGGUGUUCCAGCAGGAGCAUGGCAGGAAGGUGGCACCAUUCACACAAAGGAAGUCGCAGGCAUCGCUGGCGCUAGACACCCUUGAUCAGGACAUUUACCUUCUGCAACGAGUACGCCAUCUGAUCUUGCGAUACACCGUAAAAGAUUUUGGUGCAUCCAAGGGUGGUGGAUGGCCUGGAGGAGGAGGAGGAGGUGGUGGGAAGAAGAGAGAUGGAGACGGCACAGUGGCAUCUUUGAAUGGGAGAAGGCAGCCUUUGGUGGAGGCCCUACCACCAAAUGCGAGUGCCGAUUUUGCUGCAAAUGCUGGCGGGUAUGAGGAGUCCGAUUCACGGGUAAGGGAAGCGCCUGUGGGGAGUCGCCACGAGGGUAUCGAGGGAGCCACGGUGGCUGAAACAGAUGCACUGGUUGCAACACCAAGUGGAUCAGGUAUCCAAUUGCAAUUGCCAGCAGUUGGAGGGGGAAGUAGUGGCUACUUGGGACAAAAGAAACCGCCAGGUGGUGCGACGCUAGGAGCAGUAGGCGGCAAUGCGAUAGGAGGACCUGGGGGGGCGGUCUUAGGAGGGAUGGGUGGGCCGGUGUUAGGAGGGAGCAGUGGGGCAGCAUUUGCUGGGAUGAAUUUUAAGGGAAGGGAGAAAUUUGAUGGGUUUCGGUGGCAAGGGCGGAGGAGGAGUGAGCGAGGAUCCAUGACCAUGGCUAUGGCAAUGGCCGCAUCGUCGAUUCCGCCACCAACUGGGCCUGGGCCUGGCAAUGGGGCACCCUAUGCAGCACCUGUCUCCGUGCAGCCACUACUCGGCGACUCUGGAGGAAGAACUGGCGUGACUGGACGGGAAGAGUCUGUGCCAAUCAACAGCAUGGAGACCGGACCGGGUGGCGUCCCGGAUAUGGCAUCAGGGAGAUCAGAUGAUGAGGGCACUGGGUUGGCAAAAGAAGGACCUACCAGCUUCUUGGCGCAGCCUAAUCUGUUGGUCCGCCAUGGAAGCUUGGUACCAAAGGGUGUUGCCGUCCCAAAGGAGAGGGGUUCGAUCUUCCGUAACUGGGGAUUUCAUAAUCAACGGUCAGCGUCACUUCCAAAUCUGCCAUCUUACAUUCCAAUCCAUGAUUACAUCAUCAAGACCUCUGUGGUACAGCCACAGGUAUCAAGUGCUUCUGAGUACAAGACAACAUAUAGCGCAAUAGACAAGCGAUGGUAUACUGUUCUGUUCCCCGCCUUGCAGGUGCAAGUUCACUGUGAAGAGCGAGGAGACCUGCUGCUGCAUGUAUGGCGACAAAUCAUCAGGGUUUUUAAUCAGGUGAUGAUGUUCGCGGAGCCGAAGAUCGACGAUGCAGAAGCUGAGCGGGCACAAAUGCAAAACAAACUGGAAGAAUCAAGGGAGCAAAUUAAGAAGCUCCAGGAAGGCAUUGAGAAUGCCGAACUGAGAGUGGCAGAAGUGCAAAGGCAGCUCCAGGAAAAUGAGGUGGCACUCGCACGCAUGAAUCGAUGUACUCUGUGCCGCAUAAAAACCUUUAAUCAGAAGGUGGAUUCUUUCAUGAAAAGGCCCGUGCGCUCACGCGGAUCUCGCCGACAGGACCAGGAUAACGACGAAUGGUCCAUGUGGGGAGGAUUGCGAACAAGGUCGCGGGGGUCCAGAGGAAGCACAUCGAGAAGGGGGGGGAGAGAAACUCGCGAGGGCCGUUCUCGGGGCAAGGAUUCCGAUGGAGUUUGGGGAGAUGAGAAGAAGGAAGGUGGCGAUUCGCCGGAUCGCGGGGACGAAGCAAUGCCAGUUUUCGGGAAGCAUAUGGAAGGUGGUGUCAGUCCCAGGGUUCAAAGGAAUGCACUCGGAUAUCGCGAGGCCCUAGGAGAUGAUACUGUAGGAGAUGAUAAUAAGGGUACAAAAGUAUCGAACGAGGCCGUAAAUGCAAACCAGGAGCCGUCAACCAGUGGAGAAGGAAGCAAUCAAACAGGAGAGAAAGCUGAUGUACCGUCGGAUGUUAGUCCGAAGAACCGGGAGGCGAUUAGCAGUGAUGGGGAGAACAACGCGAUAAAGGAGGAAAAAGUGAAUGCAGCAGGAAAUGAGGCACAGCCAAGUUUGACAGAUGAAGGCAAAGCAGGUGGGCACAAAGGUGGAGAAGCGGUAACACCCCUGAAGAGUCCGCAGAUGACGACGAAAUCUCUCUUAGCUGAUAAUCUUAAGAGUAUGAAGCAUAGCCAAAAUAAUAAUAACCCUAUGGGAAUGCAAAGCAUCCUGGAAGAGAUCAAAAUACCGGCUGCAAAAUUGCUGUAUGGAAAAGAGGGAGCACAAUCUCAUGGAAAAGAAGGUCGAGAAACGUCCCCCCAUGUCAAAGAUGUAAGCAAAGAGAAUUUGGUGAACACGGAUGCCGAUGAGAUUCUGAUGAGGAGAAGACUUGAGUCCCUUGGCAGCAUGGAGGGCAUUGGGGAGCCGUUGACGAGGCGAAGGGAAAAUUGGGAUUACCAAGAAUGGUAUGAUGACGCAUCAAUGGGCACAUCCCAUCUGAAAGAGGAAAUCCGUCAACAUCGCGAUGAUCCAACCGAUGAAUCUAAGGCUACGGACACAGACAUGGCCCAAUCUAGUAUAGAAUCUCCUGUGCAAAAGGGAAGAGGAAAGAGGAAGAAGAGGAGAAGUAGUGUGAUGGCGACACGGCGGCUCCACCCAGCUGCGUCCCCAAAAGAGGGUGCCCACCCAAAAGAGGGUGCACAACCAAAAGAGGGUGCACCCCCAAAAGAGGGUGCACCCCCAAAAGAGGUUGGCCCCCCAGUUAGUAAGAAAGAGAGAGUAUCUCCCACAACUUUUGCCAUGAAGGAGAGAGUCCCCCCCCCCCAUCUUGCUGUGAAAGAGAGUGUACACCCCCCCCCUCUCGCUGUGAAAGAGAAUGUCUCCCCUCGUCCCACAGAUAGGGGGGGCAGAGGAAGAACAGUAGAACCAGAAGAAGACGAAGACUUGGAGAGCAGCGCUCAUGAAGAUUCUGGAAGCCCAAGAGGCGGAGGAAAGGGGAAAGAUGGCCCGCGAACGGCUCGCCGUCGUCAGAAGACUGAUGGUUUCUACGUGCAUGGGGGCCGUGCAUUUGUUCCCUUGGGAUUUGCAAAGCUGACGCACCCAGUUAAAUAUGUCAAGGCAUUCACCCCAAAACAAGUGUCGAAGCUCUUGACGGGUAUUUACCAAGCAAAAAUUUGGAUUGAUGCCAGCGAUGAUGCAAACAACUGUGAGCGCUUGACAUGCCGAGAGUUUCUGUAUGACCACAUGCUCAAUCUUUACGGACUGAAAGGCCUAGCCGAGGCAGCCGUUCAUGGGCUUCUUAAGACCGUUCGGAGGCUAAUUGACACAUAUGAAGUGAACAGAUACCACAAAUCGGGAUCGAGGGACACUUCCGCAGGGGGGAUAGGGUCGGGAUCGAGGCUAGAAUCAGGUUCGGAUGUUGCGUCGAAAUCAGAGCUAGAGACAGGAUGGUGGGAAGAUUCCGGAUCGGGGAUAGGAACGGGAUCGAGGAUAGGAUCGGGAUCGGGGAUAGACUCGGAAUCGGGGAUAGGAUCGGGAUUGGGGAUUGGAUCUGGAUCGGGGAUUGGAUCUGGAUCGGGGAUAGGAACGGGAUCGGGGAUAGGAACGGGAUCGGGGAUAGGAUCGGGAUCGGGGAUAGACUUGGAGUUGGGGAUAGGAUCGGGAUCGGGGAUUGGAUCUGGAUCGGGAUCGGGGAUUGGAUCGGGAUCGGGGAUAGGAUCGGGAUCGGGGAUUGGAUCUGGAUCGGGGGUAGGGUCGGGAUCGGGGGUAGAACCGGGUUGGGGAUUGGAGUCUCGUUCAAGGUCGGCGACGGGAGCGGGCGGAGUCGACGGGAUCGGGGGUGGUGACGAACUCGGGGAUGGUGACGGUGGGACAGGAGGGCUGCUUGUUUCAUGGGAAGAUUCCGGAUCGGGGAUAGGAUCGGGGUCGGGGAUUGGAUCGGGAUCGGGGAUUGGAACGGGCUCGGGAAUUGGAACGGGGUCGGGGAUAGGGUCGGGAUCGGGGGUAGAACCGGGCUGGGGAUUGGAGUCUGGUUCGAGGUUGGCGACGGGAACGGGCGGAGUCGACGGGAUCGGGGGUGGUGACGAACUCGGAGGUGGCGACGGAUUAUAUCCUGAAGAGUUUGGAGAGCAGGACAUGUACAUGUAUCUGAAACUUUUGCAUAAGGCAGGUCAGAAGGCUGGCGCUCUUCUGCCAGAGGCAGAAGAUGGAUCGCAAUACAUCAACAUCGCCUUUAUCUCCCCUCUCAUCACAGAGGACCCAAUUGUUGUAUCGCGACUGGGCGGCAUCGCUAAUGCUCAAGAUCUUGUUGACAAGGUGGUGGCAGAACAUGCACUCACUGAUAAGCCUUCAACUGAGCCAAGGACUGUAGUAAAAACGCCAGAGACUGGAAAGAUUGACUGGGAUCUUCUCAUGGAGAGCAUACUGAAGGUCAACCCCACGAAAGUGUUGAACUGGAGGGUGCCAAGAAACCGCGAGAACCACCUACGUGUGUCAUUGUCAAAGGAAAAGAUCCAUGAGCUUGAGCUAAUGAUGAAGGCCGGCAAUCUCAACCAGGACGACAAUGUGAGCAUGGAGGAUUUUGUCGAAAUCAUUAACACUGCCGACCCUGGCAUAACAGACCCUAUGAUAGUCAGAAUGUACAAAGAGGCACUGAUGAUGCUCCAGUCCCAAGUCAAGAAGAUCACUCCAGGAGCACUUGCGAUGAUUGCGCAUGCACACGGAAUAACCGCCUCAUCACAAACUACGUUCAAGGUGCUCGCAAGGACAUGGGAAAAGGCGCAAGCUGAGAUAAACUGGCCAAAACUCACAAAGCCAAUGCGAUCAGAAUUUGUGGAGCGCAUCGGAGCUUUCAACAACCUUCUUCAGCAGAAAGAGGAUGUUAGCGGAGCACUAGAAGCCUUCCACGAAAUCGUGUUGAAGUUCUGUAAGAAGACGGCUGACAGAAAGAGCACCCCAAAGACGCCUUUGUCAACUUAUCGUAAACAAAUUAUCGAUAAGGGCAAUGAUGCCAAGGGUACGACAGGGGUGCCACCAGGUCAUCAGGGCCAACCUGAAGGCGGUUGUAGCAUUGAAUCUGUUGAUCAAUCAACCAGGGAGAACGCAGAUGAGGUUAUCUCAAAACUGCCAGCUGUAAUGGAGACGAUGGCUCAGAUUCAGAAGCCAGCAAUGGUGCGGCGGAAAUCGUUAGCCGGGCUUGAAUUGCCACCAAGACCAGAGGUUCCCACAGAGAUAAAGGAAUCAGAUGCACAGGAUCUGAAAGAGAGGAUGGGAUAAAGAGAAGCCUAUAUAUAUAUAUAUAUAUAUAUAUAUAUAUAUAUAUAUAUAUCGUUUGUUGUCCUCUUAUCUCUCUCUGCCUACGGUUUUACCGGUGACAAUAUAUAUAUAUCGUCAAAUAGAACUGCCCGGUAAACCGUAGGCAGAGAGGGAGAAGAGGACAACAAACGAGGGGCUGUGAC